AUAAAGAUCUCAACCUCUUCCCACUUCCAAUGCCAAUGCCAAUUCCAAUUUCAAUUCCAAUAGCUCCUGUGGAAGGACAACAACAAAAGCUCAGGUCCUCCCCAUAAAAAGCCAAUCUUUUUCCUUCCCUCUCUCUCUCUCUCUCUCUCUCUCUCGCAAUUUCUAAUAGCAGACAUAGAAAACUAAAGGGGCCGGCCCAGGGCCUGCCAGGCUUCAGUGGAAUCUGAUCUUCGAUUCUGGAAAGGCUGGAAGGGAACAAAGACAACAGAAAAAACGAAGAGGUGGAGAGGAACAGAGGAACAGAGGAACAGAGGAACCGAGUUUGUUUUGUGAAAUACAAAAAUAAGGUAAAUGAAGUGCAAGAGGCACCCUACUGACCUCAGCAGCGGUGUUGGCGUCUGCGCUUCUUGUCUCCGUGAACGCCUCUUCGCCCUCAUCGUUGCCCAAACUCGACAACAAGCCUUAAUCCAAGCUGAGGCAGAGGCUGAGGCAGAAGAUCGCCGGAAAUCUGACUCCCACCACCCACCUCCACUCAUCUUUCCCCGCUCCGUCUCUCCUUACAUUUAUCGCGGCUCCAUUAACGAACACCACCAAUUUGAUCCGCGCUUCUACACGACUACCCAGGUGGGCCCCAACUCUGUCCCCAUCUCUGCUCCUAACUCCACCAGCUUUACUGCCGGCGCUGCGCCCAAGAAGAAGCACAGUAAGUUCUCGUUCUUUGCAUUUCUGUUUGGCUCCAAAUCGGAAGAAGCAGAAGCAAAUGGUCCACAUCCCAGAGAUCCAAAGGUCUCCAGGUCCAGGUCGCCUAUACCUACCUCUCCAUCUUCCCCAUCUUCUUCACAAACCUGGUUCUCUACCCUCGUCCCCAAUCGCCGGAAGAAACAAUCUCGUCUCUUCUCCGUAGAAGACGUCAAUGCCACCGACGGCGGCCGUCGAGUAUCUCGCCGAGACGAUCGUGGAUUGUCGCCGGUGAGAACCACCGUUGAAGAACACUACCCAGAAUAUGAUCACUCGAGUGGUUACUCGGCGGAAUGUUCACCGCACCAGCGGAAGCAGGGAUUGCAGCAGCCUCAACCAACGCCGCCGCAGACGACACCGACGAGGGAUCGCCGGCGAGGGCAACAUAAUCGGAAUGCUUCGGGGUUGGCUGUGUGUUUUAGCCCGUUGGUGAGGGGGAGCCCAAGUAGGAACCCCCGGAAUGUAGGGUCCUCUCACGUCUGGUGAUAUAGGGUUCUCCUCGGGAGGUUCUUUGAGCUUCGAGUGGAGCCGCAUCUGUUGUCGACGGCUGCUUUGUUCUGUAAGAACAGAUUGAGAAAACUUCCAGAUGUCGGAAGGUACAACAGUUAACAACCCGACAACCCUUGAUGUUGAUGACCAUUUGACUAUGAUAGUAGAUACAAUUUUUUUUGGUACGCUUUUGAAUUGUAAUUUUGUGAGCUUUUACCUAUAAUCCUGCAACCUCAACAACUCUCUCUUGUUUUCUGUACUGAUCAGUCCAGAAAAUUUUAAUUACAAAAUUAAAUUCUCUUUCUCUAUCUCCCAUGUCUCUUCCUCUUGGGUAAACAUCAAAAGAUGAAUAAAAGCCACUAAACGAUUGAAUUGAUUAGUGGGGCAUUGUAGGUUGAGUUUGGUGAGCUUAAUUUAAUGGUUAAAGAUCUUCUAUUAUUUUUCAAAAAAUAGAAGAAAAGUUCUAUGGUUUACUGUUAUUUUGGCAA